CGAAGGACUUGGGGCCGUGGGUCAACUGAGCUCGGUGAAAAGUCGUUCCGCGACCGAGGCCUCGGGGCGGGGACCCCGGGGCUGCCCUGAUGGGGCGGGGCUGGACGGGGCGGGGUCUCGGCUCCUCCCCCGGCCCGGGCGGCGGGGCGGGACUGGCCCGAGGGGCUGCGCGCCGAGGCGGUGGUGCAGCCUGGAGCACCCGGCAGCUGCGGCGGCCGGGGACCCUGGACCCCUCCUCAAGCGAGAGGGAAGGAAGGAAGGAAGGAAGGAAGGAAGGAAGGAAGGAGCAAAGCCCCUCCCACCCAAGGAUGACACUAAACACCCAGCAAGAAGCAAAGACCCCCCUGCAUCGGCGAGCCAGCACUCCACUGCCCUUGUCCGCCCGGGGCCACCAACCUGGCCUCUUGUGUACAGCACCUUCCACAAAAUCCCAGCAUCCCCGGCUGGGCCAGUCAGCCUCCCUCAAUCCUCCCCCCCGGCAACCUUCACCUGCCCCCAAUGGUUGGUCCUCUGAAUCCAGCGACUCUGAAGGCUCCUGGGAGGCCCUCUACCGCGUGGUACUGCUUGGAGAUCCUGGUGUAGGGAAGACCAGCCUGGCCAGCCUCUUUGCAGGGAAGCAAGAGCGAGACCUCCAUGAACAGCUUGGAGAAGAUGUGUACGAGAGGACCCUCACGGUGGACGGAGAGGAUACCACGCUGGUGGUCAUGGACACCUGGGAGGCUGAGAAACGGGAUGGAAGCUGGAGCCAGGAUUCAUGCCUGCAGGUGGGCAGCGCCUAUGUCAUCGUGUAUUCCAUCGCAGACAGAGGCAGCUUCGAGAGUGCCUCUGAGCUCCGCAUUCAGCUGCGGCGCACGCAUCAGGCCGACCACGUGCCCAUCAUCCUGGUGGGCAACAAGGCUGACCUGGCACGCUGCCGGGAAGUCUCCGUGGAAGGCAUCUCCACCUCCCAACUCUCCCAUCUACACUGGUCGCGGAUUGGGUUAACCUGCUGACUUGGGUCAAGGUCAGUCAGUCAAAUCAUCGGAUCAAUUGUGUGUUCAGGCCCUUCUCCCCUUCUCCGAACCACUGGGCAUGGCCCCUGUGCGGCACCCCUCGCGCCCCCUCCCCCAUCUUCGAGGGAGACCCCGUGGAGCAUAAACAACCACAGUUCAGUGGGCUGACCUCCUAUUUUCUCAUAAACCCAUUUUUUUAGAUUGUAGAUUCAUAAAAUCUUAUCUGGAAGGAAUCUCAGCAUUCAUCCUCACGAUGUAAUAGCUAUCGUUUGUUAGGAGCUGUGUUCUAAGCUGUCACAACUAGGAAUUGAUCUUCACAAACCCUGUUUACUAAUUAGGAAAAUAGACCAAUAGACGGUGAAGGUCCGCGGUCAAGAUCAUUUAGCUACUAUAAGUGAAGUUGUCAAAAUUCCAAUCCAGGCUUGUCAGGCUAGGGUUUGUGCCCUUAUCUGCAGUCCUCUUGGAGAAUGUGACAAAAAGCUAUAGAGUCCUGGGGAAGGGGACUUUCAAACACAAGUUUGCAUAUGAUUUAACCUGGAGGGGGAUCCUUGCCUCCAUGAAACCCAUCCAUUAAUCCCCAGGAUUAGUUCAACUCAUUCAUUUUUCUGAGUGUGGGAACUGAAGUCCAGAGAGAGGAAGUGAGCAUCCCAGCGUCACCCAGCUCGGGAGGGUGAGGACUAGACCCCAGGACCCAGCCUCCUCUCAUGUCUGCGCAGGAAGUAGAAGUAGUGAGGCAUCCAGCCUGGCUGGGGCUGUGGGGCUGAGGCUGGACCUUAGGGGUCAGGUCAGGAGUUUCCAGCCGAAGGGGAAAGGGGUGUCACUACUUUGGGAGGAGAACAAGAUGCGAAUGGUUGGGACCAUCAUGUCCCUGACGCCUGACACCCCUGCCCCCAACCAGCUGCCCGCCCGGAUGCCUUGGCCACCAGGAACACGGUGCCAAAGAAGGCUGGAGCUUGGGGCAGACGAGCCCCAUAUCCUCCGUCUUCAAGCCCCCAGUCUUGCCAACAGGGCACUGAUGGCACUUAUUUCCUCAUCCUAACUCCAGCUCGGGUUAAGGGAGGAGGAGGGGGGUCUUCCCCCACCCCAAGCUGUCUCUGGCCUGCGGUUGUGGGGGAGGGGCUCCAGUUGUGGAAAGUUGGCAGAGGCAGCCGGCAGCAGCCGGAGAGUGGAAAAAAUGAUAUCAAA